AUGGAAAAGGAUAAGGAGACAAACCCCGACUUAUUAAGGAAGAAGGCUGCAGAGCGGCUGGACCAGCUCUCCGCACACGUCUCCGAUAAUAAUAAUAACUCUACCGAGAACACCACACCUCAGACUCAACCAGCGCAGGCGAACCGGAAACGAAAGAAACGAACUUCUAAAUCCUCUUCCUCAUCGAACCUUCCGGCAGACUACUCCGAUGUCCUCUCCCAACUGUCCACACUGCGCACCAUUGCCGCGACUCCAGACCCAACAAACCGAGGCUACAUCCGCCAGAAACAGGCCGGGAAGCUAUGGGUCCGCGAACGCAUCGAGCAGCUGCUCGACCCGGGCACAUUUAAGGAGAUAGGGUCCGUGUCGGGAACAGUGACGUGGAAACAGACGGGUCCCAUAACUGAAACCCCUGUGGCUUUCGUCCCAAGUAACAACAUCCAGGGCACUGGCAAGGUUCGGGGCCGACAGGUGCUGCUUACCGCCGAUGAUUUCACCAUCCGGAGUGGCCAUGCCGACGGCGCAACGAUGGAGAAAACUGUGUACCUGGAAAAACUGGCGAUCGCGCUGAAACUGCCUAUGAUCAAGCUGGUCGAUGGCAGCUCCGGUGGAGGCAGUGUCACGCUGAUCCGAAAGGCCGGAUGGAGCUAUAUCCCGCAUAUCGCGCAGUUCAAGCAUGUAGUAAAGCAGCUGAACAUGGGGAUUCCAAACCUCGGCGCUGUGCUUGGGCCUGCGAUCGGACUUGGCGCAGCACGAGUUACUGCGUGCCACUUCUCCGUGAUGGCGGCCGAUGUAGGCUCCUUAUUCAACGCUGGUCCAAAGGUCGUCGAGGGGGCUACCUUCGAAGAGGGACUGGACUUCCAGGACCUUGGCGGGCCCAUAAUGCACUGUACCAACGGAACAAUCGACAACCUCGCCGCCAACGAGGCCGAAUGCUUCGAACAAAUACGAACGGUGUUGAGUUACCUCCCCAACUCCGGCAGCGAGGCGCCCCCGGUCAUUCCCUGCGACGACCCCGAAGACCGGGAGGAUUUGGGUCUGCGGACUAUCAUUCCCCGCCGGCAAGCACGGAUGUACAAUCCCCGAACCAUAAUCACCUCCGUCGUCGACAAAGGUUCAUGGUUCGAGAUUGGUGCUCUUUGGGGCAAGACCGCAAUCGGCGGGUUGGCUCGUCUGGGAGGCCGGCCCGUGGGUGUGAUCUCGUUGAACUGCGAAGUCAAUGGCGGCGCCCUGGAUGCGGCCGGAAGCCAAAAGUUGACGCGGCUGCUGAAGUUGUGCGAUGUGAUGAAUUUGCCCGUGUUGCAGUUUGUUGACGUCCCCGGAUAUGCCGUCGGUACCGUUGCAGAACGAACCGCCACGAUGCGCUGGGGCAUCGAACUGGCCAAAGCCUAUUUCUCCACGACCAUACCCAUCUUCAGCGUCAUCACACGACGCGUCUUCGGCGUCGCGGGGGGUGUCAUGCUGGGGGCGCGGGAUCCCGUCAUGCAAGUGGCCUGGCCGUCAGGACAGUGGGGGUCGCUGCCGCUUGAUGGCGGCAUCGAAGUCGGGCACCGACACGAGCUGCGCGAAGCGGAAAAACGAGGGGGCAAGGAUGAGAAGGAGAAGCUGUACAAGGAGCUGGAGGAGGAAUACAUGCGGCUGAUGAACCCGGUCCGCACGGCCAACGCCUUUGGCGUCGAGGAGAUCAUCGACCCGAAGGACACCCGGGCAGUGUGCUGCGCCUGGGCGAAACACAUGUACGAGGUCAACAUGAAAGACCGAUUGGCAGAUCGAGCAUCUGGGAAGAUCCAGCCGACAUUCUCUUGA